GAAAAUUUUGCACCAUUUGGAACGAUUGUUGGGAAGAAGAGUUUAUUAAUCUUAAAAAUUGGCGAAAUAGUGACAACCAUGUGGCAUUAGCAGAAAAGCAACAACAAAAACACUAUUGAGCAGAGGUACAGAUACAAUAUGUGUGUGUGAAGAAAUAUGUUGUGAUUUGUAGAAGCAUAUGCGAAACCACUCUUAUGUGAUCUUCAAGUAUAUAUAACAAUGUCAACUGCUGAGGAAAAUUUCAGAUGCAAAAUAUAUGAUUGAUUAAUCAUUACCUGCCAAUAGCAGUAGUCUUAAAACAACCGACACUGGUGAAAAGAAUCAUGAAUGUGAAAUUUGUGUGUAUUCAACUUUGCACAGCAGUAAUCUUAAAACGCACAUGAUAAUGCAUACUGGUGAGAAGAAUAAUAUAUGCGAAGUAUGUCAUCGUUCAUUUUCUAAUAUCAGUAAUCUUAAGCAACAUAUGAGAGUACACACUGGUGAGAGAAAUUAUCAAUGUGCAAUAUGUCACCGUUCAUUUACUCUAAGUGGUCAUCUUAAAUCACAUAUGACAAUACACACUGGCGAGAAGAAUCAUAAAUGUGACGUAUGUCAUAGUUCAUUUUCUCAAAGUGGAGAUCUUGAAAGACAUAUGACAGUACACACUGGCAAGAAGAAUCAUAAAUGUGAAAUAUGUCUACGUUCAUUUUCUCAUAGCAGUAAUCUUAAACAACACAUGACAAUACACACUGGUGAAAAGAAUCAUAAAUGUGAAAUAUGUCAAAAUUUAUUUUCUCGAAGUGGAAGUCUUAAAAGACAUAUGACAAUACACACUGGUGAGAAGAAUCAUGAAUGUGAAAUAUGCCAUCGUUCAUUUUCUGCUAGCAGUAAUCUUGAAAGACAUAUGACAGUACACACUGGCAAGAAGAAUCAUAGAUGUGAAAUAUGUCAAAAUUUAUUUUCUCGAAGUGGAAAUCUUAAAAGACAUAUGACAAUACACACUGGUGAGAAGAAUCAUGAAUGUGAAAUAUGCCAUCGUUCAUUUUCUCAGAGCCACCAUCUUGAAAGACAUAUGACAAUACACAUUGACGUGAAGAAUCGAUCUUUUAAGGGUCUUCAAAGCCGAGAUAGGCAUAUGAAUAUCCAUACUAACAAAAUUACAUAUGAAUGCAAAUAUUGCAUUUUCCAGUGCUCCAACAGUUGUGAGAUGAAAAAACAUACGCGAAGGCACAAAAAAGAGAAACUUUAUAAAUGUGAUACAUGUGAUAAAUCAUUUUUAAGGAAAAAAAAUCUUGAAUCGCACGUUGAGAUGCACAUUUAAGUAGACAAAAGUGCAUGCAAACCAUUUUAGCACUAUAUCUAUCAUGCAUAUCGUAUGAAAUGCUAUUAACUCUGGUAUACUGCUGAGACCGAAAGACAUAAUGACACGGCAAGAAAAAGAAGAAAAAAAACAGAUUACACAAAUUAUGUACAGUACUAAAAACUGUUGAAUUUGAAUUUAACAUUCUUCUGUUUUGUGUUAGGUUUGAAGAUUUACCAUAUAGAUAAUAAGGGGCAAUUUCUUGCAUACAAAUGUAAAUAUUACUUCAUAUAUACUAUGUAUACUUUUCCUUAACCUCUGUUAUUAUGUCAAAAAUUUCCACGUGUUUCCGUUUGUAUUAGUAUGUUUUUUUAAGCUCCACUAUUCACAGAAUAAUCGAGCUAAUGCAGUCACCCAUUUGUCGGCGUCGGCGUCCCUGCGGUUAAGUUUUUGCAUGUAAGCUGGUAUCUCUAUAACUACUGAAGGGAAUGGAUUGAAACUUCACACACUUGUUCUCUGUGAUUAUCUAAGAUGAUUGGCACAAGUCCCAUAACUUUGAUUUGCUUUUUUACAUAAUUAUGCCCCUUUUUCGACUUACAAAUUCUUGGUUAAGUUUUUGCGUGUAAGCUGGUAUCUCCAUAACUAAUGAAAGGAAUGGAUUGAAACUUCACACAUUUGUUCUCUAUGAUUAUCUUAGAUGAUUGGCACAAGUCCCAUAACUCUGAUUUGCUUUUUUACAUAAUUAUGCCCCUUUGCCAACUUAGAAAUUCUUGGUUAAGUUUUUGCAUGUAAGCUGGUAUCUCCAUAACUACUGAAGGGAAUAGAUUUAAACUUCACACACCUGAUCUCUGUGAUUAUCUCAGGUGAUUGGCACAAGUCCCAUAACUCUGAUUUGCUUUUUAACAUAAUUAUGCCCCUUUUUCGACUUAGAAAUUAUUGGUUAAGUUUUUGCGUGUAAGCUGGUAUCUCCAUAACUACCAAAGGGAAUGGAUUGAAACUUCACACACUUGUUCUCUGUGAUUAUCUAAGAUGAUUGGCACAAGUCCCAUAACUUUGAUUUUCUUUUUACAUAAUUAUGCCCCUUUUUCGACUUACAAAUUCUUGGUUAAGUUUUUGCGUGUAAGCUGGUAUCUCCAUAACUAAUGAAGGGAAUGGAUUGAAACUUCACACAUUUGUUCUCUAUGAUUAUCUAAGAUGAUUGGCACAAGUCCCAUAACUCUGAUUUGCUUUUUUACAUAAUUAUGGCCCUUUUCCAACUUAGAAAUUCUUGGUUAAGUUUUUGCGUGUAAGCUGGUAUCUCCAUAACUACUGCUACUGAAGGGAAUGGAUUUAAACUUCAUACACUUGAUCUCUAUGAUUAUCUCAGGUGAUUGGCACAAGUCCCAUAACUCUGAUUUGCUUUUUUACAUAAUUAUGCCCUUUUUUCGACUUAGAAAUUCUUGGUUAAGUUUUUUCAUGUAAGCUGGUAUCUCCAUAACUACUGAAGGGAAUGGACUGAAACUUCACACACUUGUUCUCUGUGAUUAUUUAAGAUGAUUGGCACAGGUCCCAUAACUUUGAUUUGCUUUUUUGCAUAAUUAUGCCCCAUUUUCGACUUAGAAAUUCUAGGUAAAGUUUUGCUUGUAAGCUGGCAUCUCCAUAACUACUGAAGGGUUUGUACCUUUUCGGACAAUUUUAUGUAUUCAUAUAGGUAAGCAUUAUUAUACUCAAUGAAACACCCUUGUGAUAACUUUUCGAAUAGUCGAGCGUUACUGUCCUCAGACAGUUCUUAUUUUGUUUGUUUGAUUAGGUCACAUCGACACAGUAUAGGUCAUAUCACGACGUUCCAGCUUUACUGGUGGCCGAAGACCUCAGGUGACCUUCCGUGCAUUAUUUCAGGCACGAACGGGCACCUGGGUAGAACCACCGACGUUCCGUAAGCUAGCUGGAUAGCUUCCUCACAUUAAAGAAUCCAAAGUCUCUGUCGGGAUUCGAACCCACAGCGGUGAGUGGCAAGUGGUUUGAAGUCAACGACCUUAACCACUCGGCCACGGAAGUAUAAUUUGUAAACCAAAGACAGUUCCUAUACAAUUAUGAUUUGUAUACCAAAGACAGUACCUAUACAAUUACCUGUUUUUCCACAUCUUUUCUAUUUAUAAUUGUAAUAUAUUAUAAUUAUCAUGGUUAACACGUGUCCAAAAUAUGUAACAUUCAUUAUCAUGGAUUUACUGGGGUCCAAAAUAUGUAAUUGUUAUUAUCAUGGUUUUACUUGUCUCCAAAAUAUAAAUCUUUAUUUUCACGGUUUACUCGUGUCCUAAAUGUGUAAUUAAUUGUUAUUAUCGUGGUUUUACUAGAAUACGAAAUAUGAAAUUGUUAUUAUCAUGCUUUUCUCAUCUUUUAAAUUUGUAUUGUUUUGUCUUAUGCUUCGCUAAGUAAUGGAUACAGUACGAGUUUUUCUUCAAAAGUGUCUUCUUACAGACAUAUGAGGACAGUUUGCUAGGAUAAACAACAAAUUGUCCGAGGCGAAGCCGAGGAUAAAUUGUUGUUUGUCCUAGCGAACUGUCUUCUUCUGUAAGAAGAUACUUUUGAAGAAAAAACGACUAACUGUAUCCGACUUACACGACGUUAAAGUAAAAAGAACAGAUCAAUUAAUAAACACAUUUAAUUAUAAAUAAAUUUAAUUGAAAUUAAA